AUGAACGUCGAAAUUGAAAGUCUCAGUUCCGUUGUCGGUCUAUUCCUUACACAGCAGAUAUCUAAGCCCCUUCUCCAUGAGAAGUCGACAUCCGGCGGUGCAGAUUCACGGUACACCAAUGAAAUGAUCCCCUUUCCCAUGGACUCAGGCAGUAUCAUUGCCCUCGUUCGCGGCACAGAGACGGCCCAGAAGGCUGUAAUCCGUGCUCACCAUAUGGUUGCAUGUCACGGUCUCUUGAAACACAGCUUCACCAUUUACUUUAACAUGGAUGUCGGUGAGUAUGUCAAAGGGAAAUAUGACGGCGUCAUCUACGUCGACAAUCCGAUCAUCCGCGGAUUCUUUUGA